AUGAAACGGCGACAAAAGAGGAAACAUCUGGAAUAUGAAGAGUCCCAGGAAACUGCCAAGAAGGGAGGAGGAAUCUCGAAGUCACAAGAGGAUUCCCCUCACCUCGGAUCCACUGUGGUGGCCCAAGGCUGCAGCCCAGGUUCAGGGGGGCUCUCCUCUGCCUCUGAAUACUUCUCCUGUGCUUCAUCUCCGCGCAAGCUCGUGUGCAGUGAAAUCCAGAAAUUACAUCGAGACACUGCCCAGCCUAGAGCACCCCUAGCCCAGGUUCAGGAACGAGGGGUGACCGCUCCCCCAUCACAGUAUGUCUCCUUCUCAUCCUGUGAGGCCUCUCUGUAUACAGACAAAGAGGAAAGGGGCAUGAAAAUAUUCUACAUGCGGGUACAAGUGAACAAGGGUGUAGCUGUCUCCUGGAUGAUAGAGAAACCCUUGGCGUUGCAAGAAAAGCAGCUGAGGAGAGAAGUGACCCUUCCUGGCAAUGCCACCUAUCAUGUGUCCACCAGAAACCUGUCUGACAGUGAGCCCACUGGAGCGGAGAAUAAGUAUGAGGAAAGGGCAGACAGCCCAUCAGGGUCACCUGCAGUCAAGGAGACAACCAGGGCCAAGACACCAGACUGGCUGGUGACCAUGGAGAUGGGCUUCAGGUGCAUGGCCUGCUGCCGGGUCUUCCCCACCUUGGAGAUCCUCCAGCAGCACGUGCAGUACGGCGUCCAGGAGGGCUUCAGCUGCCACGUCUUUCAUCUCACCAUGUCCAAGCUGAUGGGGAAUGUAGAAUCCAAGAGCACCUCUGAGGAGGAGAAAGAGAAGCAAGAAGAAAAGGAGAAUGAGGGGCAGCAGCCCAUGGGGGAAGACCUCUGCCCGAGGAGCCAGUAUCCAGUCUAUGUGUUUCAUUCUCCAAAGGACAGGAAGUGA